CGGUUUCUAGGGUUUUGUUCGCUCUCGCCUUUUGGUGUGUCCGAGUGAUUUGUUAUUUGGGAAGCGAGAGGAGGGAAAGCGAAAAGAUGUGAGCUUUUUCGAAGCGGGGAGGACGGAAGCCGAGAUGGAUUCUCAGAAACAGGAGAAGGAGGAGGAUGACGACCGCCGGAGAACCGACCUGAGAAUGGCAGGCGGCGGAGGAGGUGGUGGCGGCGGGACGGCAGUGCCGCCCCCAGCUGCCAUGCCGGUUCACCGAUUGAUAAUCCCCAAACCGGAGCCGAUCGAGAUGAUGAGCGGCUUCCAGAUACUACGGCGGCCGACCGGUCGGACUAAGGACCGGCACACCAAGGUGGAGGGUCGCGGCCGGAGGAUCCGGAUGCCGGCCGCCUGCGCCGCCCGGAUCUUUCAGUUGACGCGCGAGCUUGGCCACAAGUCCGAUGGCGAGACCAUCCGGUGGCUUCUCCAGCACGCGGAGCCAGCGAUCAUCGCCGCCACGGGCACCGGCACGGUCCCCGCCAUCGCCACCAACGUCGGCGGGACCCUCAAGAUCCCGACCCAGGCCCCGUCGACCGCCCCAGUGACCUCCACAUCCACCCCCGCCACAGACGCUGCCGGGGAGGCCGGCAGGAAGAGGCGGCGAAAGCUCCAGCCCUCCCGGGCAGCGGGGGCCGGCGCAGCUGCUGCCGCUGCGGCGGCCUACUACCCCGUCCAGGACCCGCUGCUCCCGGGCGGCGGCGCGAUAUCCAUAUCCACGGGGCUGGCCCCCAUCGGGGCGGCGCAGGGAAUGGUGCCGAUGUGGGCUGCCACUGCCGGCGGCAGAUUGAUACCGCCGGGGGCGCUGUGGAUGAUUCCGCCACCCUCCGCCAUGGCGGGGCCGUCGAGCCAGCCACAGCUUUGGACUUUCCCGCAGGGCCCACAGAUCAUCAACCUGGCGGCGGCUCGGCCAAUCCCAGCCGUAGCCACCCCCACGGCGGCAGAGCCGCCGUCGUCCACCACCGCUGGCGGAUGUUCCACGGCGAGCGCUCUGUCGGCCGGAGAAGAUAAGGCGGAGCUCCUACUGAUGGGCGAGUCCGGCGAGCAACGCCACCGCCAGGAGCAAAAUCAGGAGCAAAAAGAGAAUGAAGAGGUGGAGGAGGAGGAGCUCUCUGAGAGCAGUCCCGAAGAUUGAAUUAUUUUAACAUAGAGAACUUCUCCCCCCUUUCUCUUCUUCUCCCUCUUUUUCAUUUUUUUUCUUCUUAUUUGCUGUUGAACUUGAUUAACUUGGUCUGUAGUUCGGGGAAGCACGGCGGCCAUGGACCAUAGCUGGCCGUCUCCCUGUAGCGGUCGGCACGUGCGCACGUGCGAGAUCCGUGUUGUCUAAGCUCUACUCAGCUGCUUUUUAACUCGUGUGGGUUGGUGGUCCCCGUGGCAGAGGUGGGGUCAAACAGCUAAGAGGGUGGGACGGUGGGUGGUUGGACCGUGGGCCGUGCCAGGGGAAGGUUGGGGGAAGGGCAGGGGAAGGCCGGAAGGGGAAGGGAAGCGAGAGCGUCGGUGGGCCACAACCUGUCCGUCAUGUGAGGCGGGUGGGCGCGGGCCCUAAGGGCGUGAGGAGGAGGUGUGGGGCGGACCCCGCUGCGUCCUCCGGUAUGACGCGUGGUGGUCCCCGCGGUACCGGGCGGGUGGAUGACGACGGCGGAAGGCAAGAUAAAGGUGGAGGUUUUUGUUUGUUGGGUGGCGGGGCCCAAUGGAGGUGUGUGUGGGGUGGGUGUUUGGGUACGCGUGUCCGGUGCUGGGUGGAGUCGGCUAGUUCGGUGGGGCGGUGGGACGGGGUCGCAGGUGGAUGAUACGUGGAUGGGGUGACGUGGAUACGGAUUAUCCUCUAGUUUGUUGCCCUUCAAAGGGUCCCACGGCUCUUGGUUCUCUACUGUUGUUUUUAAUUGCAUGACUGAUGAAGAUAUGUUAUAUUUUCUAAUCAGAUGUACCACUUAGAAUGAGGGUUUAGACUUGUAUCCUUUUCUCUCUCAGCUAAUCACAAGCUCUGUACGGUCUUUUGUAAUGUAGCGGUGGAAUCUUUAUGUUGUUUUUGACUUGGUUAUC